AGCAGAGCAGUGUCACAAAACAUAAUUCCUGUGUAUGUAUUGGUGCUCCCAUUCAUACGUUUUCAAGCUAAAUAGAGAAUGACACGGUUCUCUAGUUGCUCUAUUUGUACUCUGCUCUAGCCACGUUCGGAGGGCAGAAAACUUCGAAAGUUUCACGAAUUCUUUCAAAGUUUAGAAAUAAGAUUAAUUUGAUUUUUAAAGUUUUUUUUUCCACUCAUCUAGUAUGAGAAUUUGAUCGCACAUUUUUAGUAAUUUCGCACCUAACUGCUAUUUGCAUCGCACACUGCACUUUCACCGUAUAGAAAGAAACUUAAUAUGAUGCUUAUUAGUUUAUUUAUAUACUGGAGUAUAGUGUCUUUGGUUCAUGGUUUACCAGGGGCUAAAGGGUAUAGAAAUCCAGGAGAGGUGGCUAAAAAUGGCAUCCAACCAGAACCAACGUGCGAAGAACUCAAAGCUAUGUGGAGGUUUUCGAAAAGACAAUCAAGAGCCGCAGAAUUAACAAAUGAAAUUCCCAUGUACCCUGAUCCUUUUGCUGAAAACAUUUGGCAACCUUUCUAUGCUACAUCAAGAAGUAUUGGCGGGAGAAGAUUGCCUGUAGCUUUCGGCAAAAUCGCCUACGGACCGACAAGAAGUAAAAUAAACCCAGAACAUUUGAUGCCAUACUUACAAUAUGGUACUCAACUUACGCAGCCAAGGAGAAGACCUUCAACAUCAUUCAGAUUACCGGGAGGAGGGCAUAUGAUUGCUGGAUAUCCUCCACAAUCAGGUUCUUUCAAUCAUCUGAAGGAAAUCAUUAAAACUGAAAGAGCUCGAGAACUUCAGCAACAAAGAAUUGUAGAAGAAGCUGCUGCUAGAGCAGCUGCUUUGAAAGAUAUAGGGAGAAAUCAACCUGGCCGGUAUAUGACAGAUCACUUUUCUUAUGACGUGAGUGAGCCGCAAGAAAUGAUGUAUUCAGCUGAUAUGCCAAAUGAAGAAGCAGUACCUGAAGAAGACCGAAACACUUCUAGAGGUAGUGGAAUACUAGCUUUUCCGGAUCUUCUGGCACCUGGAUCACGAAUGGUACAUGAUGGACAAGUUGCACGGUUUGUUUCAGAAUAUGCUCCACAUCCUCCUAGAACACAUCAGGGACAUGGAGCUGUUAGGAUGCGUUCGCACGCACCUAGCCUAUUUGAUCCGAGUGCUUUUCGUGACGCGUAUACGGGGUAUAUCCUCUAAAUCUCUAAUUAAUCUCGAGAAUACAAUAUACCUAUGCGUUUCAGUCUUUAAAUAUAAUAAAUGGUCCGCCAUUAAAAAUAUCAAAUUGUUAGAGAAAUGAAAACGUCAAACGGCACAUCAUUUGAAAGAAAAGCAUCAGUCAACACGUAUUUUAUGAAACAAUUCUAUCAAUCAUAACAUUUGAUAAAAGGUGUUAUUAUUAUUAAUAUUCUAGUUAUCUAAGUGUUAAGUACUAAAGUCAAUCCGAUUCAUAAAAAACAAUGGUAUUUUGGAUUACUGAUAAAAACAAUCGUUUGAAGGCUGGACAUUGCGUUUAUCAAAUUUAAUCCAUUUGGUUUAAUUUCUCUUUUUUCUUGACAGGUAUAUCUUUUUUUUUUAAAUCAAGAACAUCAUUUUAAUAACUAAUAUUAAAAAGCUAAUAUUCAUAUUAUAUGGUUUUGGAGUAGAAGCACUGUUAAACCGGAUGGACGAGGAAUGGUGUUUAAGUUACCGAAAGCCUGAUAAUUAACAGCCUAGAUAUGUUUUUUUUUUUUACUUGACAGUACAAAAUUUUAUUAAGUCUUAAAAAAUAUAAAAAUAUGAAUAUUUUUUAGAUCUAUGACUAUUAGAAUGGAAUAAUAGACUGUCAGAAGAAUAUAUUUUUAAUGGUUGGUGCCCUAUUUUGUACACCUUUAGUUCAAGGGAAAUGUACUAGAGAAGGUUGAAUGGCACUUUUUAGUGAUCAAAUGCAUUUUAUUAUAUACUUUAAGAGAUAUUUCUACAAACAAAAUGUAAUUAUUGAGAUAAAUUUUAAGUAGGUACUCUGGUUUUGAGGCUGAAUUUUAUUUACAUAGUUCUAGAUGGCAUAUCUUAAUCGACAUAUGUAUAUUAGUUAAUAACUUUGCAUAUCUCUAAAUAUCACUAUUUUAUAGUUACAACCGUCAGUGAACUAACUACAGCAUUGAUAAAAUUCCGAUUUCAAUUUUUAAUAUGUUUACAAUACAGACACGUAAUACCUAAUGAAUGUGACUCAACUUUCAAGCUGAUUGAGGAAAAAAAAUUUGCAAACUUAAGAAAAUUAUUUUAAGCAAAAUAUAACGAGACAAUAAAUAAUGAAUUUUUUUUUUUAAGGUUUUAUAUAUUUGUAUUAAGCAGAGGUCAUUAUGUCCUUACGAUGUAAAUUGUAAUAAUUGACAAAUCAGCUUUUUGGGUGAUGCAUCAAUGAUAGCUAAACGUUUUUGUUAUAGGUACCUACAUAAAAAUGUCUGACAUUAUGUUUUCAUUAAAAUAGCAUGAUUAUGAAAUAAUGUUAUUCCCAUUCAAUAUUUUAAGUAACUUAUAUGUGAUUAUUACAGUAUUCAUCUCAGAGCCCAUCAUAGAAAACUGUAUCCCAAUGAAAAAAAUAUUGUUAUCUAAUAUCUUAAUAACUUCAUUGAGUGAGUAAUAUUAUAUCCAGCUAAAAGAACUGCUGCAUAAAAUCUGAAAUUUUUACAUUUUAAUAAUCUCAAUCAUUACCUACGUACCUAACUAAUUACUUGGUGCAAUAUCAUUGGCCAAAUUAAAAUUAAAUUCUAAAUUCUUUGACAAUAAAUAAUAAAUAUGUAACAAAAUAAUGAUAUUAUGAAACAAUAUUGAGGUUAGUAUUCCCUGAGGUAUUCCCAGUAUAAUUUGUGAUAAGGAAAAAGAAUGACAAUAAAAUGUUCGGUUUUCGGAAGUAUCUCGCAUAAUAAUAACUGGGACUCAGACGUAUGUACGUAUUCAUUCGAGAAUUUUUUUUUACUUUUUAAUUGCUUAGUAUUAAACCGAUGGUGUUCAAUAUGUUUUAUGAUGAAUAAAAUACUUAAUAGGUACCUAAAGUUGCUAUGAGAGCUGCUAAGUACUUAUUCCAGCAAAAUUUGCUCCUCACGGAUAGCAAUAUAUGAAAAAUAAAAACAAUCCGGUUUUGGUGAUAAUGAAUCAAUAUUGCUGAAAUAGAUGUGAUAUUUAGUUCCACUUGUUCUUGAAAUAAAAUACGUGUUUGUCCCAGUUAUCCUGUUUUUAGAGAGAGGCCCGCCAAAAACUUUUCACUCAGGGUUUUUCCGUUGUUUAGUCGGUAUCUACCUAAUAAAACAAAACACUUUCGGAGUCAUCGAUUUUUGCUUGGACAAGAACAAAGUUUUUGGUGUCAUCCUUCGAAUAUUAAAUAUCAAAGGGGUGAAAUAUCAUUUUGAUAGUCCUCUUUACCCUGAUGACUUACGACUUCUGUUAGGUAUGUUUUAAGUUGCUACUAUUUUCGUACUUAUCGAAAUUUUGAUUUGACAUUGUCUCGGUUAGCUUUACUAACUUAAACAUUAUAUUUGGAUGUUCAUCAAAAUCCAGACUUUCAUUUAAAACUGCAUUUUUGCAAAACUUCGAGAAUAAAAGGGUGGACAAUUCCACAUUCAAGUGAAAACGCCCUAGUAGAUAAUAAUUCAACCGCAGUGAAAUCUUACUGCCAAAAUUGUCAAUAUAAUCUAAUCCUUAAUUUUACCAAUGAUCAAUAAUAAACUUAGAAAAAAAAGUUAAUUAAAAUGUACUUUAAGAAGGUGUGCUAGCUGUUUUUGUUUUUUUUUUUUGCUUCAAAAAUAGCGCUUUAAUUUCGGAAUCAAGUGCCACUUAUAGCUCGCAACAACUAAAGAAAAAUUUACUUAUUCUGGUAGUAGGUACGUAUGUCUGAAAAUUUACCUCAUGUAUACAAAUCUCCAGUAGAGGUAGUGCUUCCGCUAAACUAAUACUCAAGUAAAACCUCCCAGUUAUCGAAAAUUAACCUGCGAUGACGUCAAUGCAGAAAACUGGCCCGCAACUAUUACCUAUUUUUGGAACAUAAAAAAAAUAUUUUUAAUUUCAUAACAUUAGAAUAAAUUUAUACAAAAACAGGUUAAAAUAGGUGAAUCAAAUUUGAAAGAAGUAGCAACAAUCACGCUAAUUAAUUUAAAAACAAUUUAAACUGCAAAAAAUAUAAAGCAUGAUGCCCAUAUUCUGGCAAUGAUGAUAUACAUAAAUUGUGUAAUACUAAAAAAUAUAAAAUAAGGCAAUAAGAGAUCUUUGAAUGGACCAACUAGACCUAACAAAACAUGUUCACUUACAAGGUAGAAUAUAAUACAAUUCCAUAGAAUAACGGGUUUCUGAUUAUAACGUAACAACAGAGAAAAUGUGGGUGAAAAGUUGGGCCACUCUGUUAUUGGUUCAUCCUUACAUAAUACUAGGCUUAUAUCCUUAUCAAUAAUAUAGCCGAUUACCUUAAUUAUUAUUAUUAUUAUUAUUAUUAUUAACAUUACCUAUUAUUAUUAUUAUUUUUAUUAUUAUACCUUCAAUCAGUUCCUGUAGGAUGGAUAAACUGGCAAAGUUUUGAAACAUUUUAAGACUGAAAUAUUAAAAAUGGAUUCAAAGAUAUGAAUUAUUGAGCAGAUAACACAGAUGUUAAAAUAUAUGUUGCAUUACUACAAUACAUUUAAAUGUUAUACCUCCUAUUCUACUUCUAUAUUAUAUAACAGCUUUUAAGGCGAUUUUGGCUUACAUUAGAGUGAUGCCAGAAAACUACAAAUAAAACUUCAGUAAGCAAUGUAUUAGCGAUAUACAAAUUGUCAAUAAAAUAUAUUUUUAAUGAAGCGAAAGCUUCAUAUAAGCUUUGUUGAUUCUUAAAUAUAUGUAAUUUAAAUAAAAUCAAAAUAUAUUUUCUUAACUAAGAAUAAAAAUUAUAUUGCAGAUACUUAUGAAUAUUGACUAGCAUUAUUCUGAUUUGAAAAGUAAUUAUUAUUAUUUUAAAUGUUUUGUAGUAGGCAUGAUUUUUCCCCAUCAAUAUAAUAGCUCAAAAAAUAAUAUAUGUGACGUCAUUCUGUUUCUUUUGGAUGUACUCACUUAACUAUUUUAUAUCAAGAUUCUGAAAUGGUGCAAUUCUGUGUUAGACUAUAAUUAUUAUUAUCACAACAAAAUAAUUUUUUCCGGCAAAACCACUGAGAAAAUCAUUGAAAUAAAAAAAAUCAUAGGUAAUAAUCUUGGUAGUCUUUCACUUUCAUGAUUGUAAAUAAAUUUAAAAAAAAAUGAUUAAAAGGAAAAUAAGACAAUACUAAAAUUAAGGUCAAUUUUAAUAAUAACAAAGGUUUUAAAAUUCCGUGUUUAGCAAACCGCUGGGCUCAUGAUUGUCUAACAACUUUAAUAAACUUAAUGAAAUUCUAUUCUAUAUUGAACGUAUUUUCAUAUUGUAGAGUAUUUUAAGAGCAUCUCCUAAAUACUUAUAACAAGUUAUAUUGAAGCUAGACAUGAUUUUUUCAAGUAUACUUUUGAUAUUGUUACCAUGACUUAUAAUAUAUUCCUGUAGCUUUUAAGGUGCAGAAUGCAGGAAACAUAGUAUAAUGUAAUACAAUCCAACAAAAUAAUUAAUAUAGAUGCUAAUAACUGAAAACUAGUUGAUAUCGAUUGGGUUAGUUUAUUUUGUUUUAAAAUUCAUCUAAAUAAAAUGCAAUAAAAGAUUUAAAGAGAAAAUAAAUGAAUUCAUUUGCAAAACAUUCUCUAGCUUCAACGUAAGACAAUCCACCGAUAAUAAUUUAUGUAAGAACCCACAUAUCUAUAUAAAUGUACCACAGCCAUAGAAUAACAAUCUAUGCCCGUGUCUAUGUAAGUUUUAAAUUUUUGUCUGCAUUUUUUCUGUGAUGCUGAAUUUGUAUCACGUAAUUGUAUGUAGCACCUUUUAAAAUUAAAUGUUUAUUAAAGGUAUUUUAUAUAUGUGAAAGGUUUGUACAUGUAUACCUUCUCCCUAAAAUAUAUAAAUUAGUUAGCAAAGCAAGCAA